UGUUUCCUGUUUCCCCUGUAGCGCGCUCCAUGCUAAACUAAGCUAACCAAACUGAAUUUGUUGGCAGUUUUCAGGAAAAUAAAGGUUCAGAAAACGUUUUUUCCAUGGCUGCAGGCGGCGGUUUGUAUUUUCUAACCGUUCAGACUCUGAACUUUUACCUGCAAUAGAAAAAAUAUUUUAUUUUAUUUUUUUAACUAUUCGAACAUUGUUGGAGCGUUUUGAAAUCGGUUUCACGUGUUGUUUCUGGAGCUGCUGUCUCUACUUCCUGACCAAACUAAACCGUUUCUGCUCCGCCCGUUCCAUCUCCAGGUGAGAUGGCCCAGCUGGAGCAGUGGGUGAACGACCGUCUCCAUGACAUCCUCGGCCUGAGCGACAGAUACGUCUCCCAGUUCAUGAUUGGCAUCGCUCGCAAAGCGUCCAGCCCGGAGGACCUGGUGAGCCGCCUGGAGCAGACGGGAACAAUCGACAUCGACCAGAGCGUCUCUGCCUUCGCAAAGGAACUGUUUGAAAAAAUUCCCCGUCAGCAGGUUAUUGAGAAGCCGUCCAAAGCCCUGGAGCGCCAGGCCAUAGAGAUGGACAGGAAGAACCGGACCUACACGCUGCUGGAGGACAGCGACAGCGGCGAAGAGGCGGCGGCAGACAAACAGAGAGGCAAGAAGAAGAAAGACAAGGACAGAGGAAGCAAGAGGAAGAACAUCAGACAGAAGAAGGCCAGUGAGUCGUCAAGCGACGAUGAAACGCCAAAGAGGGGCGGUUCUGUCCUGGAGGACCACAGAUCUGUGAAGAAAGAAGAAGAAGAAGAAGAGUGGGAGAAGGAGGAGAGGGAGCGACUGCUGGACAUCGAGGAGAGAGACGCCUUCGCUCAGAGAGUCAGGCAGAAAGACAAAGAAAAGACACGGAACAUUGCUGAGCGGACGGAUAAAAAGGCCUAUGAAGAAGCUCAGAAACGACUGAAGAUGGCUGAAGACGAUCAGAAGAACAUGUUGCCGGAGCUGAGGAAGCGUUCCCGUUGGGAAUAUCUGAAGAAAAGAGAGGAGGAGAAGCUGGAGGACCUGGAGGCGGAGAUCAUAGACGAUGAGUAUCUGUUCUCCAAGGAGGAGCUGACGGAGCGCGAGAGGCGGGAGCUGGAGUACAAGCGGACUCUCCGGGACCUGGCCAAGGACUACAAGCAGGCCGGGGCCAAGGAGCAGGAGGAGAGGAAGAACCGCUACUACAUGCCUGAGGAGAGGAGGAGCAAGGACGUCCCCCAGAGGGAUCUGGAGCUGGACGAGGCCCCCAUGGAGCUGGGGGGGGAGCAGGGCCGCUGGGAGGAGGAGCGGCUGAAGACGGCCUCCCUCAGCUUCGGAGCCAGGAAGGAGCGCGAGCUGGGCCUAAAGCAGGAGCAGGACCGGUACCAGCUGGUUCUGGAGGAGGAGGAGAUGAUCGACUUCGUCAGCACGGCCAUCACCAUGAAGGGGACGCGCUCUGACAAGGACGAGGCGGAGCCGGCGCUGUCGCAGGCCGAGCUGAAGAAGCUCUCCAUGCAGGAGGUGCGCCGCAGCCUGCCCAUCUUCCCCUACAGGGAGGACCUGCUGGCCGCCAUCACUGAGCACCAGAUCCUGGUCAUAGAGGGGGAGACGGGCUCCGGGAAGACCACCCAGAUCCCACAGUACCUGCUGGAGGACGGCUACACCAACGGAGGGAUGAAGAUCGGCUGCACGCAGCCCCGCAGGGUGGCGGCCAUGUCUGUGGCGGCCCGCGUUGCCGAGGAGAUGAGCGUGAAGCUGGGUAACGAGGUGGGGUACAGCAUCCGCUUCGAGGACUGCACGUCUGAACGCACCGUGCUGAAGUACAUGACGGACGGGAUGCUGCUCCGAGAGUUCCUGACUGAACCCGACCUGGCCAGCUACAGUGUGAUCAUCAUCGAUGAGGCCCACGAGCGAACGCUCCACACCGACAUCCUGUUCGGUCUCAUCAAAGACAUCGCUCGGUUCCGACCCAGCCUGAAGGUUCUGGUGGCCAGCGCCACGCUGGACACGGAGCGAUUUUCCUGUUUCUUCGACGACGCUCCGGUGUUCAGGAUUCCCGGCAGGAGAUUCCCCGUCGACAUUUUCUACACUAAAGCUCCGGAGGCAGAUUACCUGGACGCUUGUGUGGUUUCAGUGCUGCAGAUUCACGUCACCCAGCCUCCCGGAGACAUCCUGGUCUUCCUCACUGGACAGGAGGAGAUUGAAGCAUGCUGCGAGAUGCUGCAGGAGAGAUGCAGGCGUCUGGGCUCAAAGAUCGCUGAGCUGGUCGUCCUGCCCAUCUACGCCAACCUGCCAUCUGACAUGCAGGCCAAGAUCUUCAGCCCGACUCCUCCUGGAGCCCGGAAGGUGGUGGUGGCCACCAACAUCGCAGAAACGUCUCUGACCAUAGACGGCAUCAUCUACGUCAUCGACCCCGGCUUCUGCAAACAGAAGAGCUACAACGCGCGCACGGGCAUGGAGUCGCUCAUCGUCACGCCUUGCUCCAGGGCUUCAGCCAAUCAGAGAGCAGGGCGGGCAGGCAGAGUGGCUGCUGGGAAAUGUUUCCGCCUCUACACGGCCUGGGCCUUCAAACACGAGAUGGAGGAGACGACGGUCCCUGAGAUCCAGAGGACCAACCUGGGCAACGUGGUGCUGCUGCUGAAGAGCUUAGGAAUCAACGACCUGAUUCACUUUGACUUCAUGGACCCGCCCCCCCAUGAGACCCUGGUGCUGGCUCUGGAGCAGCUGUACGCGCUGGGAGCCCUCAACCACCUGGGGGAGCUCACCAAGCUGGGUCGCAGGAUGGCCGAGUUACCGGUGGAUCCCAUGCUGAGUAAAAUGAUCCUGGCCUCAGAGCAGUACAAGUGUUCAGAGGAAGUGCUGACCAUCGCCGCCAUGCUGUCGGUGAACAACUCCAUCUUCUACCGGCCCAAAGACAAGGUGGUGCACGCCGACAAUGCCAGGAUGAACUUCGUGGUUCCGGGCGGAGACCACCUGGUGCUGCUCAAUGUCUACACGCAGUGGGUGGAGAGCGGCUACUCCACCCAGUGGUGCUACGAGAACUUCAUCCAGUUCCGCUCCAUGAGGCGAGCCCGGGACGUCCGGGACCAGCUGGAGGGUCUGAUGGAGCGCAUUGAGGUGGAGGUGGUCAGCUGCAGCGGGGACAACGUCCCCAUCCGUAAGGCGGUGACGGCCGGGUACUUCUACCACACGGCGCGGCUCAGUAAGGGCGGCUACCGGUCGGUGAAGCACCAGCAGACGGUGUUCGUCCAUCCCAACAGCUCGCUGUUCGAGGAGCAGCCGCGCUGGCUCAUCUACCAUGAACUCGUCUUCACCACCAAGGAGUUCAUGAGACAGGUGAUAGAGAUCGACAGCGGCUGGCUGCUGGAGGUGGCGCCGCACUACUACAAGAGCAAAGAGCUGGAGGACAGCAGCAGCAAGAAGAUGCCCCGGAAGCAGGGCAAGGCCCGGGAGGAGCUGGGCUGAGGCCCCGUAGGGCCCGGGGCCCGGGAGGAGCUGGGCUGAGGCCCCGGGGGGACUUAGCAGGCCCAGGGCCCGGGUCAACGCUCACACAUCUGGAUUAUCUGACCGUAAAGCUGCUGGGCCUGUCAUGGAGGAAGAACCGGGCCACGCUGAUGGACAGGUUUAGUGAUAAACUGGCCGGGUCCGGACGGACUGUCAAUGCUUUUUCCUGCUGCACCUGAACGCACCUCAGACUCAUUAACGGACCUGAAUCCACACAGAACUGGGUUGUGCAGAAGUAGGUUACUGUUUAUCUGAGCUCAUAAAGUUUAUGGCGAUCUGUUUUCCUGUGAUGUUUUCAGACGUAAACACGUUAAAGGUUCUGGUUGAACACGCCCAGCUCUGGGCUCUGUGCCAACACCUGACCCAAAACACUGUGCAGAAUUAAAGAGAGUGAUGUUUGA